AUGAUACCCACCCCAGAAGUGGCGCAUCUUCGACGUGCCGAGUACACAAAUGAAGUUUAUGAUCCGGCUGAAGACACAUUCGCGCUGAUGGACGCUUUGGAAAAUGAUGCGGAAGCGCUUCAAGCACUGAACGCAUCGUUGUGUGUGGAAAUAGGGUCUGGAAGUGGAUGCGUUUCCGCCUUUGUUUCUAAGAUGCUAGGAUCUUCAGCAGAUGAGCUAACUAGAAAGACGCUUUUACAUCCAGUGGUGGCAUCCGUUCUUGAUGGACUCCGACCCCGUAUCGAUGGAGCAGUCGACUUGCUGCUGUUCAAUCCGCCUUACGUCGUAACGACUGAGGAGGAAGAGGCCAAUGAACAAGCACGUGCUAGCUUAGGUGGCGCUUGGGCUGGCGGCACUAAUGGCACUAAAAUCUUAGAUACUCUGAUCCACGACGAUCGUGUACUCCGCCGUGGCGGGCGUUUCUAUGUUGUGGCUAUUCGACAAAAUGAUCCACACGCCUUGGUUCGCGCAAUGCAAAGCAAAGGACUGGAUGCAAGUAUCAUAUUACAUCGACGAGCGAAUCGCGAACAAAUCUUUAUUCUUCGUGCUAUUCGGUUGUGA